AUGAUAUUUUCAAAGUUGAAUUUCAAUUUUACAAGAAGAAAAAAGCAAGAACAACAGAGCUUCUCUCAAACGGAGAAUCAAACUCCUGUGGAGAGUCCGGAAAGCCCUCCACCAGCAGUAAUAUGUUCUGAUAUAUGUCUUGGUUGGGGUAUUGGUAUGAAUUCACGUGAUGGAACAUCAUACCCAGAGUAUCGGCCAGAAUCGGCACUGAAAUUACCAUUCGCAUGA